CGAGGAAACUUUGAUUAUACGGCUCAUGGAACUUUACUAAGGGAUUUGAGGUACUCAUGAAGCUCUUGUGCAUCUACUGAUACCAAUAUUGUGUGAUUUUCAUGUAAGAAAUAGCUGCUUGAAGGUCGUUUAAUUAACAGGUGGCAGCAGGAAGUAACAGGAGGCAGCAAUCAUGGUGGCAGCAUUCCCACUUGCCAAGUUGGGGACGCUAGUCAUUAAACAAGUCAGCAAGCCACUGGCCAAUGCGAUCAAGGAGAGGGCUAAGCAAAGCUACUUUUUCCGGACCUACCUCUGCAUGCCACCUGCACAGUUCUACCACUGGUGUGAGGUGCGGACCAGGAUGUGGGUGAUGAACCUCGGUCACACUGGCCAGGUUCCCAAGCUGAACGAGGCCAUGGCCAUCGAUCUCGGCGCCAACAUGCUCGGCGAAGGCAUCAUCCUGGGCAUCGCUACCGGCGUGCUCGUGUAUGAAUACAACCGGUCCAGCAACAAGGAGGAGGCGCGCGAGGCGGCGCAGCACGAGCGGCUGCGGCAGCUCGAGUCGCGCCUCGAGGACCUGCGCUUCACCACCGAGCAGCAGGACACGCGACUCCGCGAGCUCACGCGCCAGCUGGCCGGCGUUGGGCUGGAGGCGGCUCUGCAGGAGGCCACGGGCCGCGUCCGCGGAAGCUGA